UGUGGUUUUACGUGCCUGACGCUUCUUUUGUAGUCUAGUCUGCAACGUAUUACGUAAGGGGGUCGGUAUAAGUACACCGACCAACCGGCAUGGCUUAAAAAACGGCUUCGCCUCUUAUUAAAGGUCGUAGUCCUGUCUUGUACAAUUGGGAAUCAGAGGACACCUGCAAUGUCUCCUGUACAAGAAAAUUCGCGGUGGCCCCGAGUAUCAAAGUUCACUCUGUCAGCAUGUGCUGCAACUCUUGCAGAAUUAGAUACAGGGUGAAGGUGGUUCCCGACAGCACUGUGGAAGUGUACAGCCUCCAAAACACAGGGGCAUGCUGAGCAUAGCUUUGGGUAUAGUGCGAGAAGAGGGGCCCUUGAAACUGUGGCAAGGGGUCACACCAGCUAUCUACAGACAUAUAUUGUAUUCAGGCGGCAGGAUGUUGGCUUAUGAACAGCUCAGGGAAUCAGUCUUAGGAAGAUCUGAAGAUGGCAUUUUUCCAGUCUGGUGAGGGAAACAUCUGUGAAAUAUGAAACAGGACAGUGAUUAAAGUCUAAAUACAUGGGAUCAGCAUGUGUUCUGUGAUGUGUAUAAGAAAGCAGUGAUUGGCAGUAUGAUAUCAGGUGCCUUGGGCCAGUUCAUCGCUAGUCCAACAGAUCUAGUGAAGGUUCAGAUGCAAAUGGAGGGCAGGCGCUGUCUGGAAGGGAAGCCGCCAAGAAUACAUGGGGUUUACCGUGCUUUUACGAAGAUCAUAGCAGAGGGAGGAAUACGAGGCCUUUGGGCUGGAUGGGUUCCCAGUGUUCAGAGAGCUGCACUGGUCAAUUUAGGAGAUCUCUUGACAUAUGAUACCGUAAAGCACUUUCUACUGAGAAACACCUCCAUACCAGACAACAGCAUUUGUCAUGGAUUGGCAAGCAUAUGCUCAGGAUUGGUUGCAGCUAUUAUGGGAACACCAGCUGAUGUGGUGAAAACUAGAGUAAUGAACCAGCCACGGGAUUCAAAUGGAAGGGGUCUUCUCUACAAGUCUUCUACCGACCGUCUGGCUCAGUCAGUGAGAAAAGAAGGAUUUUUUGUCACUCUAUAAAGGAUUUCUACCAACUUGGUUUAGAAUGGCUCCCUGGUCUUUGACGUUCUGGCUUACAUUUGAGCAAAUGAGACGAGCAAUAGGCAUCAGCUCAUUUUGAUGAUUUUAAGAGUUGGACCUAGAGUAUUUUUCUGAGCUGAACAUUCCAGACCUAAUUUUUUAUAGGUGUGAAUUUAGUCGUAUACAGGUACACGCUGCAGGACAUGAAUAUUAGGAUAAAGUUAAGAUUGAUCACUGU